GAUCACUUCCGGGUGGAGGGGCAAUGUGCUGUGGAGUGCUGGUGGCUUUGACGGGAGGGAGGAGCCCCGGCGGGAGCGGAGGAGGAGUCGGAAAAGUCGGAGGGGGGAUCCCGAGGCUUUGCUUGCCCGCGGAGGGGAACUCCGUCGCCGGCCAUGAGCGGGUUGCAGAACAACGUGGCAAAAAGACAGUUUCUCCUGGAGAGAUUAUUGGAUGCAGUUAAACAGUGCCAGAUCAGAUUUGGAGGGAGGAAGGAGAUUGCUUCCGAUUCGGACAGCAGAGUUACAUGUCUCUGUGCUCAGUUCGAAUCUGUGCUUCAGCAUGGCUUGAAGAGGACCCGGGGAUUAGCCUUAACAGCAGCAGCUAUCAAGCAGGCAGCAGGCUUCUCCAGUAAAGCUGAAAUGGAGCCGGUGUUCUGGUACUAUGUGAAAGAGGUUCUAAAUAAACAUGAGCUGCAGCGUUUCUACUCCCUGAGGAAUAUUACCACAGACGUUGGCAGAGGUCGUGCUUGGCUGCGCUGUGCGCUGAAUGAACAUUCCUUAGAAAGAUACUUUCACAUGCUGCUUGCAGAUAAAAGCAGGCUGAGUGUCUUCUACGAAGACUGGUCCUUCAUGAUGGAUGAAGAGCGCUCUAGUAUGAUUCCCACUAUGGCGGCUGGGCUGCAUUCUAUUCUUUUUGCAAUCAACAUUGAUAACAAGGAUUUGAAUGGGCAAAGCAAGUGCCCUCCCACAGUCUCUGACCUUCUCAAAGAAUCCACACAGAAUGUGACCUCGUUGUUGAAGGAAUCUACUCAAGGAGUUAGCAGCCUCCUCAGAGAAAUCACGGCGUCCUCUCCUGUUUCGAUCUUAAUCAAAUCGGAUCAAGAUGCCGACCCCUUGCCCAUUUUAUCGAAGAGUCUCAGCGGUGAUUUAAAAUGCAGAAAAGAUCGGACGAAGAAAAAGAAGAAAGUCACAAAUAUCAUUUCGUUUGAUGAUGAGGAAGAUGAACAAAACCCGGGGGAUGUCUUAAGGGGAAUUGUUGCAGGGGAAAGCUCCGAAGAAAACUUGGACAGGUUUUCCCCCUACGUAGCUUCUCCCCCUGGCCCCGGAGAGACGCUAGCUAAACUGAGCGGGGACCAAAGUGUGCCUUUGUUGAAAAAUGAUUCUGUAUAUCUCAAUGGGGACUGUGGCUUCCAAAAGUUGGAUGUGAAAAGUAUAGACGAUGAAGAUGUGGAUGAAAAUGACGAAGCGUACGGCAAAAUUUUAGGAAACCGCUGCAUGGCAGAAGACACAGAGUCUUGUGGAAAACCGUCCGAGGGUGUCACGAGCAACUCGCUGGUUUGCGCCUGGUCUCCUCUGCAAGUCCUGAAUGAUGAUUCUGAUGAGUUGUUCCCUGUCAGUGCUGUGGGCUCUUUCACCCAGACUGGUAACCUGGAGAAUGGUGAUGAGCACGAAACACCUGAUUUUUCAGGAGAAUUGGCUCGGGGAAAUGCCAACUCACAUUACAGGGAAGAAGUGAGCCCCCCUGUCAAAGAGAACUCUCUGCAUGAUCUGCUGCCCUCGGCCGCUGUGCCAGAACCAAUGACUGUUGCUGAACUUCGGCAAGCCAUUGUGGCCAUGAUGAAUAGGAAGCAUGAACUGGAAGAGCAGAGCAGUUCCUUGCGGAACCUCCUCGACGGAGAGAUGGAGCAUUCUGCGGGGCUUCGGCAAGAAGUCGACAACCUGAAGAAGAAAGUUUCCGAGCAGGAAGAGCGCUACACCGUGAAGAUCCAGGCCUUAGCAAGAGAAAAUGAGGUGCUAAAAGUACAGCUGAAGAAGUAUGUAGGAGCUGUCCAGAUGCUGAAAAGAGAAGGUCAGACUGUGGAAGUAUUGCCAAACCUUUGGAACACAGAUAGUGAGUUUGCCAUUCCUGAGCAAAAACAAGUAGAAAACCACGAAGAACUGGCAAAUGCUUAUGAAAGAAAGCUAAUUGAGGUGGCGGAGAUGCACGGGGAGCUGAUAGAAUUCAACGAGAGACUGCACCGCGCUUUGAUGGCUAAAGAAGCUCUUGUGACUCAGAUGAGACAGGAACUCAUUGAUUUGAGAGGACCGGUUCCUGGAGAUCUGAGCCAAACAUCUGAGGACCAGAGCUUGUCCGAUUUUGAAAUAUCUAAUCGAGCUCUUAUAAACGUCUGGAUCCCCUCAGUCUUCCUGCGUGGGAAAGCAACCAACGCGUUUCAUGUGUACCAGGUAUAUAUAAGGAUAAAAGAUGAUGAGUGGAAUGUCUAUCGAAGAUACACGGAGUUCAGAGUCCUUCAUCACAAGUUGCAGGCAAAAUACCACCAAGUGAGAAGUUUUAACUUUCCACCGAAAAAGGCCAUUGGGAACAAGGAUGCAAAGUUUGUAGAAGAAAGGCGGAAACAGUUGCAGAAUUACUUAAGGAAUGUUAUGAACAAAGUAAUCCAGACUCUACCAGAAUUCGCCUCCAACCCUAAAAAAGAGACUCUUAUCCAACUGAUGCCCUUUUUUAUUGAUUUCCAACCCACGGGAGAUUCUGCAAGCAAAAGCAACAGGCCACGCGGGACGACCCGGUUUCCAAGGCUGUCUCGGAGCCAUCAAAGAGACCCACGGAACCCGGAGCCUCAGAGUGGUGACCUUUGACUUUUUGGAUAAUUAGGACCAACUAGCACCAUGUACUUUAAGCUGCCUUUUGAUUUGGUUCUGUCCUGUGCAGUUGACGACAUAAGCCUGUGGGCAGAAAGAAAAGACAACAGCACUGAAUUUAUAGCCAGAAGGGGAACCAUCUGCCGUAAGGGUCCCUAUUCUGAUUAAACAGGUCACAGUUGAGGUGGCCGCCAUUUUCCAAAACAAUCGGAGGCCUUUUGGCCCAGGACUAAAAAUAAAUAGGAUUGGUUCAU